UAUCACCUGUGUUUCAGUCGGUAGCAAGGAUCACACUCUGUUUGAGGGCUUCAGAGUGUGCGCGUGUGAAUCUUCCAGUUUUUGUUUUCUAAUCAUCCAAAGUAAAAAUUUCUGGUUUCUGAACUUGUUUGCCGUAUAAUUCGUCGCCCUGAGUGAUCUAGAGUUGAUUGCUAACUGAUCAAAAAAGAAUGAGUGCCUUUCUGAAGAAUGUCGUCGACGGCUACAAUGAUUUGAUGAUCAACAAACGAGAUCCUAGGGUGGACGGAUGGUUCUUAAUGAGUUCACCUGUCCCAACCCUGAUCAUCUGCUCUUGCUACAUUUAUUUCGUCAAAUCCUUGGGACCGAGGCUAAUGCGCGAUCGGAAACCCUUCGAGCUCCGUUCCGCCAUCAUCAUUUAUAAUGUCAUUCAAGUUCUCGCCAGCAUUUACUUGGUGUACAAGGGUCUGGUACACGCCUGGCUGUUCCGCUACAGCCUCCGCUGCCAACCGGUCGACUAUUCCGACGACCCCGAAGAGUUGAUUGUUGCCCAAAUGUGUUGGUGGUAUUACUUUUGCAAAUUCACCGAGUUUCUGGAUACGGUUUUCUUCGUUCUACGGAAAAAGUUUGAUCAAAUCACCAACCUCCACGUCAUUCACCAUAGCAUCAUGCCGGCAGCCGUUUGGUGGGGUGUCAAGUUCACCCCCGGUGGCCACGCCACAUUCUUUGGAAUGCUGAACACUUUCGUUCACAUUAUCAUGUACACUUACUACCUAUUAGCCGCAAUGGGCCCGAAGUAUCAGAAAUAUUUGUGGUGGAAGAAGCAUCUGACGACGAUGCAAAUGGUUCAGUUCAUCACGGUCUUUUUUCACACGGCUCAACUUUUCUUCAUUGAGUGCAACUUCCCCAAGAUUCUUGCAUAUAUCAUGUGCUUUAACUCAAUCAUGUUUUUAAGCCUUUUUUCGAACUUCUACAUCCAGGCUUAUAUCAAACGCCGCAGGUUGCCAGCUAUUAAAAAGGACGAUGACCAUGAUGACACCGCAAAGAACGUAGUGAACCUUCGCAACGGGAAAUCUAAUGACAAAAUCGCCAACGGAAAAGGCAACGCCAAAGCUGAAAAGGAAAGCCGUGGCGUCGGAAAGAUGAUCACCAACAUCAUGUCCAACGCAUCCGCCGCAUGCUACAUUGGUCAAAAUGGUCUUUACCAAUCCAACGGCAAAGCGAAAGGAGCUGAAUCUUGCAAAAGUAAAGGGUAUUCCAAUGGCCAUUCUAUAGCCGAGAAGAAAAAAUUUUAAGUUCUGCAGCUCAGUUACAACUUGCCAAAUCGAAAUUGUCAAGUAACACCUCCUCUAACGUUUGCUUCGUUGUUUUCAAAUUCUUACUCUUUUAUAUAUUGAUCUUAUGGGCCAUUUUUGGUUAUCAGAUAUUAAACGCUCUUGCAUUUUGUUACAACAAUAAGGAAACAAAAAAUAAGGCAAAAACACACGCUAAAAGUUUUGGAAACGGAAGUGUAUAUCUGCCGAACAGUUUUAUUCAAUGCAUACGUGGUUAAAAUGUUGUGGACGUCGGCUCAAUACAAGCAGAUUUGAUAUUCCAA